AUGAAAGUGCAGCAGAAGUGGAAGGCGUAUAAUUUUAGCGCCGAUGCUACUCUAAUCCGGGAUCUUGUGAUGAGAAUCAUACGGCUUUUGCUCGAUGCCAGAGCAGGUGAACGAUAUCUAUCAAGUCAUCUCGCUACCGGUUUGAGUAAAAUGCUGGACCGUUUCACGUCAUGGGAGGCAGGAGAGAAAUCGAGGAAUCUCCUCGUGGAUUCGGGACGAAUCAGCCAAGACGAAGCAACCAUUCUAGCUGCGCAGAUGUGGGAACCAAACUAUGCGAUUUCUGACACUGGAAUUCUUCGCAUGUUCGACUCUUCUGUGCCGUUCUACGAUGAGCAUUAUUUCCCCUUGGGCUUUUUCGAUGUGAUGUCCGCUAGCCAGACUGAUACUGAGUAUCGACAUUGGGCAUGA